AUGCCGGAUGCGCGAGGAGUCUUCGAUGGAAUGGCGCGUCGCGACGUGGUUUCCUGGACAGCUUUGAUCUCCGGGUAUGUUGAGAACAGGGAAAUCGAUCGGGCUUGUGAGAGCUACGAUCAAAUGGAAGGUUGCGAGCCAGAUGCUCGAGCGUUUCUCGCGGUUCUUACAGCUUACACCCGUCUAGCAGCUCAAGAAGAAGGAGUCCAAGAUUGUGGCAAGCUCGCUAAAGUUGAGGCUCUUGGAAAAUCCAUGGCCUUGCACGACCAGAUUUUUGGAAGGGGCUGUGACAGGGAUAUCUUCGUAGCAAGCUCGCUGGUGGAUCUCUAUGCCAAGUGUGGGAGCUUGGUGGAUGCCCGAAUAGUUUUUGACAGGAUGGCCGAGCACAACGUAGUUUCGUGGACUAGUCUGGUGAUGGGAUACGUAGAGAAUGGGGAGGCUGGGAUCGCUUUGCAGCUUUUUAGGUGCUUCCACAGCACAGGACUGGAGUUGAAUUCUCGAGUCAUGGUUGCCGCCCUUAUGGCCUGUGGAAGCUUGGCAUCGAAGGAAGAGGGAACUCAAGUUUGUGGAAGGCUUGUCAAGAUCGGGUGUCUAGAACAAGGUGUGGUUUUAUACGAGCAGGCAAAAUCCCGGCGAUUGGACUCGGAAGUUCACGUAGCGAACAGCUUGAUCGACAUGUUUGCGAAGUGUGGGAGCAUGGAGAGAGCUUGUCGGGUUUUUGAGACAAUGGAGGUUCGGAACGUUGUGUCGUGGACGUCAUUGAUACAGGGGUAUGUAGAGAACGGGAAGGAGGAGCUAGCUCUAGAUCUCUUUGGCAGUAUGGGAACUCCACCAAACGCUUGGACUUUUACCACAGUGCUUGUGUGCUACGCUUCUUUAGCAGCAAAAUCCAGUUGCGGAAUCAUGAAGACCAAGUGGCUAGAGAAAACAAAGGCUCUCCACGAUGAAGCUGUAAAGUCUGGCUGUUCUUUGGGUAUCGUCAUGGCCAACACGCUAGUUUUUACCUACAUGAAGUGUGGGAGCACGGUAGAUGCCGAUCAAGUUUUCAGCAGCAUUGGACAGAUCGCAAACGUUGUUUCGUGGACGUCGAUGAUUCUCGGGUAUACAGAAAAUGGAGAGCACGAACAAGCUCUAGAACAUUUUUACAGGAUGAAAGCAGCAGGAAGUGCUCCCGAUUCUCGAGCAUUUGUCUCAGCUCUUACGGCCCUGGGAAGAUUAGCGGAGAAAGAAGCGAAUGAGCUCCAGGAUUCUGCCAAGACCAAGUGUCUGGAGAGAGCAGUGGAGAUGCACUUGGAAAUCACAGCAAGCGGGCUCGACUCGGACAGUUUCGUCGCAAACACGUUGAUGGAGGUUUAUGCAAAGUGUAGGUGCAUGCCGAAGGCUCGCCAGGUCUUCCAAGGGAUGGUGAAUCGCAACACCGCAAGCUGGAACACUAUGAUCCUGGGCUAUGUCAAGAAUGGUGCUAGUGAGCAGGCUUUGGAAACAUUUACUCGUAUGAAACUCGAGCCACGCCGGGGUUGUGAACCGAAUCAUCAAACUUACGUCGCGGUGCUGACUGCUCUUGGAGACUUGAGCACAGGGUUAGAGGCUGGCCGAGAAAUUCAUGGAGAAAUAUGCAGGAGAGGACUGAUCGAAGAGACAUCAUCAAGCUCUCCCCCGGUUCUAGCAACUUGUUUGCUGGAUUUCUACGCGAAGUCCGCGAGCAUGGCUGCUGCCCGGCACGUCUUCGACUCGGCUUUCCUCGGUGGUGGUGAUGCUGCUAUUUGGAACGCACUGAUCUCCGGCUACAGCAUCCAAGGUGACACUUUCCAAGUUUGUAGCUCGUUCCGGGAGAUGAGAGGCGCAGGGAUCCAACCGGAUGAGGCUACGUUCCAAUCGAUCUUGAUGUCGUGCAGUCACGCCGGUCUCUUGGACGAGGCAAGGAAGUUCUUCCGCGAGAUGGGCAGUGUCUAUGGAAUCGCUCCAAGGAUGGAGCAUUACAGUUGCAUGGUCGAUUUGCUUGGAAGAGCAAACCGUGUUGAGGAGGGUAUGGAGCUCCUGGAAAGAAUGCCAUGGAAAGCUGAUACUGUGGCAUGGACGAGCAUAUUGAGCGCUUGGUCUCAAAUGGAACAAAAGUAG